AUGUCUCGCAGCUUUUCCGGUUCUCCGGUCUCAAGUGGGCUAGGGAGACAAUUGCACUCAACAGACGACAAAACCGAGGUAGAAAACAAAGGAUCUAAGCAAGUUUCAUUUGUAGGUCUGAUCAACGAUGCCCGAUUCUCAGAUGUUCAAGUCGUCGUUGGUCCAGAGGAGGCAGUAUACAGUCUCCAUCGAAACUUUUUGGCCUACCGCUCUGAUUUCUUUAGCCGCGUUCUUGAUCCUAAAUGGAAAGAAUCUAAAGACGGGAUGGUCAGACUUCCGGAGAUACACCCACCGGCUUUCCUAGCAGUGUUGACUUGGAUCUAUGGCGGCGCAUUCUCGAUUAUCAACCAUACCGAAUAUCUUGCGGAGAUAUACAAGGCGGUGGAUUACUUACAAAUCCCGGACUUCAAAGAAUGUUUCUUUGAACAACUUAUUUCGGCAGUCGCGAAGGAUUCUUCGACAUCAACAAGGCGAGCUGUGACUCAAUGCAUUAUUCCGAACGCUUUCACGUUGUUGGGGAAGUUUCUAGCGGCAGCACCGGAAACAGAUCAUCCUACCCUUCAACAGUUGGCAAUCACACUUACUGCCUUUUUUGAGGUCCCCUGGGAAGAAAUUCAUCCAUUUGUGGCUCAAGAAUCUGAAGGCGUAAAUGCGAAAGUGUUGUUUUAUAUGGUAGCAGUUGGAUUGGAUGUUUCUGAUGGGAAGAAAAACAUACCAAAAGUAUUGGGAGGGCCGGAUAUAUUGAAGGGUUUAGCGAAGGCAAAGACUCGGGGGGAAACUCUUUCAAGUGUCAGUUCUGGGUUUCGGUUAGAGUCUCGAAAUUAUUCUUUCGGCGGGGCAGGCUAA